CAAACCUGGAUGUUGACAUCUCGCGUUUCUUUUGGCACGUCGCUCUAUUUUCUGUUUCAGAGAGGAAGCGCUAAUAGAGACAAACGCGGUGACACCUGCUCACCCAUACACUUCUCCUUGUCUUUUUUAACGGAGCGAUCAAAAGAAGCAAGCGCCGACUGAGACGGUGACAGGAGUCUGUUUUCAUGUUCGGGAUUCAAGACAGCAUUCAAAGGAGCGGGAGUAGUAUGAAAGAGGAGCCCAUCGGUGCCGGGAUGAACGCUGUCCGGACAUGGAUGCAGGGUGCCGGAGUGUUGGAUGCGAACACAGCCGCUCAGAGUGGAGUGGGUCUUGCUCGAGCACACUUUGAGAAGCAGCCUCCUUCAAAUCUUCGCAAAUCCAACUUCUUCCACUUCGUUUUAGCGCUAUACGACAGACAAGGACAACCCGUGGAAAUUGAAAGAACUACUUUUGUUGGAUUUAUUGAAAAAGAAAAGGAAUCUACCGGAGAAAAGACCAACAAUGGGAUCCAUUACAGAUUGCAGCUUCUUUACAGCAACGGCAUCAGAACAGAACAGGACUUUUAUGUACGCCUGAUUGACUCCAUGACCAAACAGGCAAUUAUCUAUGAAGGGCAAGACAAAAACCCAGAGAUGUGCAGGGUCCUGCUGACGCACGAGAUCAUGUGCAGCCGCUGCUGUGACAAGAAAAGUUGUGGCAAUCGCAACGAGACGCCCUCUGACCCGGUCAUCAUUGACAGGUUUUUCCUGAAAUUCUUCCUCAAAUGCAACCAGAACUGCCUAAAGAAUGCAGGGAACCCACGAGACAUGCGGCGAUUCCAGGUGGUGGUGUCUACGACGGUGAGCGUGGAUGGACACGUCCUUGCUGUGUCUGAUAACAUGUUUGUUCACAAUAACUCUAAACAUGGACGCAGAGCUCGCAGGCUGGACCCAUCUGAAGGCAAUCCAUCAUACCUGGAACACGCUACCCCUUGCAUUAAGGCCAUCAGUCCCAGUGAAGGCUGGACGACAGGGGGUGCCACAGUCAUCAUCAUUGGUGAUAACUUCUUUGACGGCCUACAGGUCAUCUUUGGCACCAUGCUGGUCUGGAGUGAGCUCAUUACCCCUCACGCCAUCCGAGUUCAGACUCCUCCCAGACACAUUCCCGGGGUUGUGGAGGUCACUCUGUCUUACAAGUCAAAGCAGUUCUGCAAAGGUACACCGGGCAGAUUUAUCUACACAGCACUGAAUGAACCCACUAUUGACUACGGUUUCCAGCGGCUACAGAAGGUGAUCCCUAGACACCCAGGCGACCCUGAACGCUUACCAAAGGAGGUGAUUCUGAAGAGGGCAGCAGACCUGGUGGAAGCUCUGUAUGGGAUGCCACACAAUAAUCAGGAGAUCAUUCUGAAAAGAGCAGCGGAUAUCGCAGAGGCACUCUACAACGUCCCACGUGGACACAACCAGCUGCCAGGUCUGGCCAACAGCUCAGUCCACGCUGGCAUGAUGGGAGUCAACUCCUUCCAUGGCCAGCUCGCUGUCAAUGUCUCUGAGUCCGCACAAGGAGCCAAUCAGGGUUUCAGUCGAAACACAAACAGUGUAUCCCCUCACGGUUAUGUACCCAGCACAACACCCCAGCAGAGUAGCUACAGUACCGUCUCUACUAGUAUGAAUGGAUACGGCAACACAGGCAUGACCACGCUGGGAGGGUCGCCCAACUUCCUCAAUGGCUCUGCUGCCAACUCUCCUUAUGCCAUUGUUCCUUCCAGUCCCACCAUGGCCUCCUCCACCAGUCUUCCCUCCAACUGCAGCAGUUCCUCAGGCAUCUUCUCUUUCUCUCCGGCCAACAUGGUGUCUGCAGUCAAACAGAAGAGCGCUUUUGCUCCCGUCGUGCGGCCCCAGGCCUCACCGCCCCCCACCUGCAUCAGUGCCAAUGGAAACGGCCUCCAAGUAGAUCAAUCUUUUGUGGACUCUAGCAAGUACUCCACCGCCAGCUCCCUGCAGGGACUGGCCUUCUCCUGAAUGAUCCCAGGGAUGAUUGUUCCUCCCAUGUAGGGGCUCCUGGGCCGCUGAAGAGGCACAUUUGAUUUCAGCUCUCGCCAGAGAAUCUACUCUCUGGGCUGAAGGCAAUUUCUGGUGGAGGAGACAUGAAAACUGAACUUUUAAAACUCAGGCCUUUUGACAAAGGAAUCUCAUUUUAUGGGAAGAAAGUGUUUGUCUGCUUUUGUUUUUAAGCCAAUUUCUGGACUGCUGUUACGAAGGACUUUACCCCCCGUGUUUUGCCCAUGCAGAAAGGAGAGAUGGAACUCCUUUUCAUUUUGUUCAUGGGCUUUUUGGAUGAAUUCAAUGAUCACAUGCCUUUUUUACAGACUGUAUCACACAAACAUGACACUUUAGGAGCGGGUGCAUCCGUAAUGUUUCUGAGAGCAGCGACGGGCAACAGCACAGAUCUCUGUUAAUACUGACCAGUUUUUAUAUAAAUAGACACAUCCAAUCCAAUCCAACCCACAAUCCGAAUGAGAACAAUGGCCAAUUGUUUGGACACAGAAAAGAAGAGGGGAGGUUUUUUUUUUUUUUGUCCCUGAGAGAAGCCAACAAAUAGUUUGCCAUAAUGUUGUUUGUUUUCAUACUAAAUGAAAUUGUAGCGCCAUACUCACUUCCCUAUUGUUUUUAUUUUUAAGCAUAGAGUCAUACAAAGCAUCUGGGUACCAGCCGGUUUGAAUGGCUAUGAUGUAGGAAAGUUAUUUAAGAGUUAUUAAAUGCUGUCAUGCUGUAAUUUUUCAAUGUCCAGAUCCAUCCUCAAAGAGAAGAAAAAGUGACCCAAUUUCCACAACAAAUCAGUAUUUAUUUUCUUGCAAAUAUUUGCUGCUAAAUAGAGCAGAGAUAUGCAGUAAACAGAUGGACUGAAGGAAAAAGACCUCAGUUGC